AACGAGGCCUGGUUUUCCCUGCUCCGCCUCGUUUUGAGCUGACAUAGGACACAGUUCUACGGGAAUGUCCCCGGCAGGAGGGGUGGCAGGUCUGGCCCCUUCCCGGCUCCCUCCGCCAGGGACAAGCAGCAGAGAGAGGGAAGCCCGCGAGGGGAGGAGCUGCGCCUCUCCCUCCCUAGCGCAGCUGUGUGGAGAAGGUUUGAGGUUUGCUGGUGAAGGAGCCGGAGGAGGGAGCUGCGCGGUGAGCCGAGUCUGGCUGGUGCCGGCCACAGCGCUCUGGCUCUGCUCAGCCCCACCUGUCCGCGGGUCCAGGCAGGAGGGACGCGGGCCAGGGACGCUCUGCCCUGCGGGGGAGUCAGGAGGCGGCGCCCGCUAGGGAGAGGCAGGGCUGGCCUGGUGCUUGGAGCCUGCUGAGGGAGAGAGAAGGAGACAGGGGGCAGCUGAGAGAGAGAGAGAAGCUCCGGAGAGGAGCAGGAGCAGCGCAGGCUCCGACACACGGAGCAGCACCGGCUGGAGCCCGGGAGCCUGACGGGACCAUGGGGUCGGUCCCCGGAGCCUUCCUCCAGACGCUGCUUGUGUUAUCCGCGCAGAGCUGGGGCGCAGCCCUGGCAGGAAGCCCGUAUCACUGUGAGGAGCCCCUCGUGUCCACCCUACCCUCGUCGUCCUUCAGCAGCUCCUCCGAGCUGUCCAGCAGCCACAGUCCCAGCUUCGCCAGACUGAACCGGAGGGACGGAGCUGGGGGCUGGACCCCACUCGUAUCAAAUAAGAACCAAUGGCUGCAGAUCGACCUUGGAGAGAGGGUGGAGGUCACGGCGGUGGCGACGCAGGGCGGGUACGGGAGCUCCGACUGGGUGACCAGCUACAUCCUGAUGUUCAGCGACAGCGGCAGGAACUGGAAGCAGUACCGGCGGGAGGACAGCAUCUCAGGCUUUCUGGGAAAUGCGAAUGCGGACAGCGUGGUACAGCACAGGCUGCGGCCGCCCCUGGAGGCCCGGUACCUGCGCUUCCUGCCCGUGGCCUGGAACCCAGACAGCAGGAUUGGGAUGCGCGUGGAGGCCUACGGAUGUGCCCACAGAUCAGAAGUGAUUGAUUUUGAUGGAGAAAGUUCCCUGCUUUACCGAUUUAUUCAAAAUACCAGGAGUCCAGGAACAGACAUCAUUUCUUUGAAAUUUAAAACUCUGCAGAGUGAUGGGAUUCUAUUCCACAGGGACGGACGGAAUGGGAAUUGCAUCACCCUGGAAUUAGUGAAAGGAAAACUCAUUUUAUUCAUAAAUUCAGGCAACGCCACGCAACCCUCACCACCUGGCCAGGGUGGCCUGGCGCUGGGCAGCCUGCUGGACGAUGGGCACUGGCACACAGUGCGGCUGGAGUGCUCUGGCCGGGGCCUGAACCUCACGGUGGACAGGCACUCGAGACCCAUCUGGGCACCGGCGGAGCUGUGCCAUGCGGACCUGGACCCUGAGAUCAGCUUUGGAGGGAUUUUAGCACCAGGAAAGCCAAUGGUGUUUCCAAGGAAAAACUUUCGUGGAUGCCUAGAAAACAUUAAUUUUAAUGGAGAGGAUGUCAUUGGUUUGGCCAAGCAGCAGGGACCACAGAUCCUCGUCACGGGAACCGUCGCCUUUGCCUGUGCGCACCCCCAGACCGUGCCCGCCACGUUUCUGAGCGCGCAGAGCCACUUGGCGCUGCCCGGCUCCCCCGGGGCGGACGCGGCCUCCGUCAGCUUCCAGUUUCGCACGUGGAACCGCGCGGGGCUGCUGCUGUCCUGGGGGACCCGCCCGGGCUCCGGGGGCUUCUUCCUCGCGCUCCAGGACGGGAGGCUCCACGUGGGUCCGCGCGCAUCCCCGGGACAGGCGCAGAGCGGCGCCCGCACAGGUGUUGGAUUAAAUGACGGGCAAUGGCAUUCUGUCUCAGUGACAUCCACGUGGGGCCACCUGAGCGUGAUGGUGGACGAUGACGUGGCCUCCACCGUCCACACCACGGUACCUGUGGGGGUCCACCCGGGCGAUGCCUACCACUUUGGAGGGUGCCCCGCUCACGGCUCUGGCUCUGACUGCAGCCGAUCGCUGGGACCACUGGGCGGAUUCCAGGGGUGUCUGCGGCUCAUCUCCAUCGACGGCCAGGAGGUGGAUCUGAUCUCGGUGCAGCAGGGCGCCGUGGGGAACUUCAGCGACCUUCUGAUUGACACCUGCGGCAUCCUGGACAGGUGUUUACCCAACUACUGCGAGCACGAGGGCACCUGCUCCCAGACCUGGACGGCCUUCCACUGUGACUGCAGCAGCACUGGGUACACGGGCGCCACGUGCCAUCGCUCUCUCUACGAGCCCUCCUGUGAGGCCUACAAGCACCUCGGCCACGCCUCAGGAUUCUACAACAUCGACCCAGAUGGCAGCGGACCCCUGAAGCCGUUCCAGGCAUUUUGUAACAUGACAGAUGUUCCGUGGACAGUGCUGCAGCACAACGGCUCAGCCUUAACCAGGGUCAAGGGCGCGAGCCUGGAGAACCCGCACCGGGCAGUGUUCCAGUACACGGCCAGUGCAGAGCAGCUGCUGGCCAGCAUAGACCGCGCCAGGCACUGCCAACAGGAGCUGGAGCUCCACUGUCGGAGAUCUCGGCUGCAGGACCCUCGAGAUGGAACGGCGCUGAGCUGGUGGGCUGGAAGAGCCAACGAGACCCACACUUACUGGGGAGGAUCUUUUCCCGGCGCCCACCAGUGUGCCUGUGGGUUAGAGAGGGACUGCCUGGAUCCUCAGUACGGCUGUAACUGUGAUGCCGACCGGGACGAAUGGACGAGUGACGUGGGCGUGCUUUCCCACCGUGAGCACCUGCCAGUCACACAGAUCGUCAUCACCGACGCGGACCGCCCAGGCUCGGAGGCAGCUUACAAGCUGGGACCACUGCAGUGCCAGGGAGACGGGUCCUUCUGGAACUCGGCGUCUUUCCACACGGAGGCCUCCUACCUUCACUUCCCCACCUUCCAUGGAGAGCUCAGCGCUGAUGUGUCAUUCUUUUUCAAGACGACGGCUUCCUCUGGGGUGUUUCUGGAAAACUUGGGGAUCACGGACUUCAUCAGCCUGGAGCUGCGCUCCCCCGCAGAAGUGGCCUUUUCGUUCGACGUGGGAAACGGGCCCUGCGAGCUCACGGUGCAGUCGCCCACUCCCCUCAGUGACAACCGGUGGCACCUGGUCCGAGCCGAGAGGAACGUGAAGGAGGCAUUGCUGCAGGUGGACCUGCUGCCCCCCAGCACCCGCCAGGCCCCCGAGGAUGGACACAGGCUCUUGCAGCUCAACAGCCAGCUCUUCGUGGGUGGCACGGCCGCGAGGCAGAGAGGCUUCCUGGGCUGCAUUCGGGCACUGCAGGUGAACGGGAGGACCCUGGACCUGGAGGGAAGGGCCAAGGUCACGCCUGGUGUGGAGCCUGGGUGCCCUGGGCACUGCAGCACCUACGGACACUUGUGUCUCCAUGGGGGGCAGUGCCGCGAGGGGCACCAGGGCUUCUCCUGUGACUGUGAGCUGUCUGCAUACACGGGGCCCUUCUGCUCUAGUGAGAUUUCUGCGUAUUUUGGAACUGGCUCCUCGGUGACUUACAAUUUUCAGGAAUAUCAUUCCCCAAGUACGAAUGCCAGCUCCCACGCUGCCUCAUUCCAGGGAGAGACGACGUUGACCCAAGAGACAAUCGCAUUCAGCUUCCGAACAGUGCAAGCCCCGAGCCUGCUGCUUUACGUGGACUCUUUCUACAAGGAGUACCUUUCCGUCAUCCUUGCCAAAAACGGGAGUUUGCAGAUCAGGUACAAGCUGGACACACAUCAAGACCCUGAUGUCGUUAACUUGAAUUUCAGGAACAUGGCAGAUGGGAAACUUUACCACGUGAACAUCAGCAGAGAAGACGGGGUGGUCUUUGUCGAGGUGAACCAGAAAACUUGGAGACAAGUGAGUCUGUCAUCAGGUACAGCAUUCAGAGCCAUCAAAUCCCUGGUGCUGGGCAGGAUUUUAGAGCCGGGCGGCCACGUGGACGCGGAGACUGCACGGGCCGGCGCGCGGGGCUUCUCCGGCUGCCUCUCGGCGCUGCAGUUCCAGCGCGUGGCCCCGCUGAAGGCUGCGCUGCUUCCAGGGCGCUCCGGGCGCGCCUCGGUGCGCGGCCCCGUGGCCAGGUCGAGCUGUGGAGCCGGGGAGGACGCGGCGCGGGAACGCACGCACGCUCGAGCAGAAUAUCCUGGUCCGGUGGAUGAGGGCGAACCCAUAGCUGGCGAGACCAGAGGAGACUCCGCAGUGAUUGGAGGUGUGAUUGCCGUUGUGAUGUUCGUCCUGCUCUGUCUGGCUGCCAUUGCCGUCCGCCUGUAUCAGCAGAGGAACUUGUACACACCCAAAGAGGCGCCACCAGAGAGCCACGGCACCAAUGAGGCAGUGCUCCGACGUGAGCUCAGCGUGCAGAACGCAGCGCGGGGGACCCAGAAGGAGCACUUCGUCUGAGCGGGAACGAGGGGCAACACUUCACUGCAGUGACUCGGCGCUUCACCAGGGCUCUCCAUGGCCAGAAAUGACCUUUGCAAAUGCAACAGGCUUCAAGGCAGUCAGGCUGCACAGACGCCCCCUCAGAGGGCCUGGGGCCUCGUCCCGAGACAUUGUCCUUUACCCUCCUUCAUGCCCUUCACAUGACCGUGAGUUAGACAGCUUCAUAAUCUGGGUUAGUUUCCCAUGCCCUGAUGUGAUUUUACAUGGACGUUUAACCUGCUUAGCGACUGUGAGUUUUGGAAGGGAAACUUGCUCAAGUUCUGAGUUCUCUGUCACAGUAGGACCUGCAGCUUCACUUGGUCUACACACACAGGCUGCCUAUAGUCAUUGCUAUUGGUUUCCACAGAACCAAGCUUCCUCUUGACUGUGUCUGUUGAAUUUUUAGGUCUUCUUGCGAGCCAUAGCCAAGGGGCCAAAAAUCAACAGCCUGUCUGCCUUGCUGUCUGCUGGCCAAUGCAAAGUGUUACUCCUCUGUUGAGAUUUUUAUUUUUCGGUUUGUUUGCAUUGCUUUUGUUUAGUUUUUCCUAUUCAAAUGUUCGUGAUGAAUAUGGAAAUGUCUGGUACUAACUGCCAGUCUUCAGCUGUGAAACUGAAAAUCCACGUGGAGCAACACUCCGGAGUUAACCGCGCACGCUCUCUGCUCUGUUUUCUUCUAAUGUCACCGAGACCAGUACUGAUGGUUCCAGCCUCUCAGCCGUGCCCUGACUCAUGCUGACUUCACAAAGGUUUCUGCCUUCUCUUUUUCAACUAAGGUUGAAGAGUAGUAGAACCACAAAUUCUUAAUAAUGAAAUGUAUUUUUAUUUGCAGCUGCAAUACCUGAAUGAUACAUAACAGUAAAUUUAUUUCCCUAAACUCUUGGGUGAUUAUGUGGGUUUUCUUUGUAGCGAUAAACGCUCCUGUCUUUUGCUGUGUGUUCACUUGAUGCUCCCCGGGGCUCUCGUGACUUUCCUUCUGUCCUGGCACAGGACCGCAGGCAGCUCCACUCCCAAGUGUUUGAAGCGCCUCUGGCUGUGUCGUGCCUCCUUUUCAGAGGUUGGAUCUGCUUCGGGCUCGGACCCCGGCGUGCGUUGCUGGCUGUCACAAUGCCCUGCACGUGUUGGACUUUCAGCUGCAAUCCUGUGCUCACCAGGACCACCAGGAAAAUCUCAAAAUCCGUGAUUCUGGCCUCAGUUCCAGGAUGUGGGGGUCCAUUUCUCAGACUUUCCAAAACCAGGGUGCAAGGUCUAUGCCUUCUUAGUGUGCAAACCAGGAGAACAGCGGGUAGGAGGUUCACCCGCUACCCUCUAUCCUGCACUUAAUUUCAAAUCUCUGAUCAACGAAUCAUCACACGGGGCCCCUGUUAAGGUCCCAUAAAGCCAGCUCGGUAAAGACCUGUCCUCUGGGUACCCACCCUGUGUGUCCACCUCGAGGACAGGUAGGGAAGCCUGGCCUCCAUCCUCUGGCCACCACCCUGUGUGUCCGCCUCAGGGAGAAGUGGGGAAGCCUGGCCUCCAUCCUCUGGGCACCACCUGGUGUGUCCGCCUCAGGGACAGAUGGGGAAGCCUGGCCUCCAUCCUCUGGGCACCACCUGGUGUGUCCGCCUCAGGGACAGAUGGGGAAGCCUGGCCUCCGUCCUCUGGCCACCACCCUGUGUGUCCACAUUGGGGACAGGUGGGGAAAUCUGGUCUCCUUCCUCUGGCCACCACCCUGUCUGUCCGCCUCGGGGAGAGGUGGGGAAGCCUGGUGAACUGUUUCAAUUUUUCAUGCCCUCAUAUGGGUUUUCCUUUAGAAAUAUGCAGAAGUUAAAAAUUCCUGAGUAGGUAGUUAUUGAAGUUGACGUUUUGUUAUUUCUGUCUCAGAAUCUCAGGUGACUUGGUCUUGUGACCAUCUGGUUCAUCGAUAAACUGUCCCUGGGGUAACGCAGUGUCUCUGUAGCUGGCAGUUGGCACUGCCCCAAGUUAAAACAAGCAAGACAGAGGUUGAGAAGACCCCAGGGAGCUUUUAUGAAAUCAGUUGGGGAAAACUAGUUAUUCAUCUAACUGUGCCCACAUUGAAUUGAAGCAUUCCCACAGACAAUCUUCAUUUUCCUUUCUUUGAAAAAUACUGUGUUUCCUGUAAUAUUUUGUGAAAACCUGAAGUGUUGCUUCUCCCGAAGUGUAGGGGCUGAUGGACAUUUGGAGCCCUCAUGAGCAGUGCACACUGUCACUGGGUAAAGGCCAUGGUCAUGAAGCCCCACAGGUCUGUGCUGCAUUUGCGAGGCUGACUCACUCUACCCCCUCCGGGGCUGCACGGAGGACCCCCUCCUUCUUACCUUCCACGAGCUUCACAGGACCAGAUAGCCUCCACAACAGAAGAUGGGGGUUAAGGAGACGCUCCUAUGAUGGCAUGAAAAAUUGAAAAAGUUUUACCAUAGAAAAUGCUUUCAAAUACAUGUCAGCUGUUUUUGAGCAGAAUUCAGGUACUGAGAACUUAAGCUCUCAGUGCCUGAAAAUGUAAUUGUGACAGACACGCCAGCAGCAGCCAGGACUCCCAUCUUCCUCCCCCAGGUGCAGAGAGGAGAAUCCCCCAGGCAGGACCACAGAGGUCCCUGGAUCCCCACUGCUCACCAGAGUAAAGCCAGAGUGCUCCUGUGUCCUGGGGGGCUGCAGAGAUGGGGCCCUGCUCAGACAUGAGAGGUGCAGGGGUGGCUCCUUCCACCCCCUCCUCACCUGCCUCUUUAGCCUGAGUGGCUGGUGAGUGGGUCUUGGAUAGUGAACACAGGUUGUCAGAUAAAACCGUUUCAAUCCCAGUGCUUAUUCCAGGUCCGUACCUGGAGAAACAUUGACACGACGUCCUGGCACCUGACAUGCAAUCACUGAUCUAGAAUGUGCCUUUUCUUUUACACCAACUUUAUCAGCACUGUGUUUGGGAAUUGUGAAGUACCUCCAAAAAUCCCCUCCUUCAUGAAAGCAAUUAGAACACUAAAAAAAAGUAAUACAAAUUAACUUUUUUCAGAAUUCUGGAAAGUAAGCAAGGCCUGCAACAAUGUGUGGAGUGUUUAAGAACGGAGUUUCAAUCACAAAAUCUUACCUAGACGAGACAAGAUGACUUCCCUGUGAAUUCUAUCAAACAUUUAAAGAAGAAAUGUCUCUGAUCCUUCACAGAUUCUUUUAAAAAAUAGAAAAGGAGGUAAAACUUUGCAACUCAUUUUGUGAGGCCAGUGUUAUCCUGACAGAAAUAAUAGAAAAGAAUAUUGGGAGAGAAAAAACUGCAGACCCAAAUAAUGCUGAUGAAUCUGUGUGUGAUAUGAAUAAGUACUGUGUCUAUAUAAUACAUCCACGAAAAUCCUUCGCAGAAUUCUAGCAAACCAAAGUCAGCAGCACACAUACACCGUGACCACAUGGUUUGCCUCAGGAAUGCAAGGUCGUCUCAACGUACAAAAAUAAAUCAGUAUAUAUACCAUGUUUAUAAGACAAAUAACAAAAAGUACACGACCACCUCAAUGGAAACAGAAAAAUAAUUUGACAAAAUUUAAAAAAUUUUCAUGAAAAUCCCAAGGCUGUAGGAAUGUAAGGAAAAUACCUAACCUGCUGAAAGGCAGUCCAUAAAACAUAUGAACCCACGGUGAACCUCAUACCUGAUUCGGGUUGAGAAUCCCUUAUCCGAAAUGCUUGAGACCAGAAGAGUUUCAGAUUUGGGUAUUUUUCAGAUUGUGGAAUAUUUGCAUUAUACCAACAGAGUACCCCAAAUCUGAAAAUCCAAAAUGUGAAAUGCUCCAAUGAGCAUCUCCUUUAAGGGUCAGAUUUGGGAGCACUUGUUUUCAGAUGACCUUAGAGUACUAAUUAGGAUCCUUUUUUGUGUAAGGAAGUAUUUCUUAAUAGUUCAUGCUAAAAAAGCCAAAAGCAUGUCUACAGAUUUCAUAUUUUAUUUGGUAGAGAAAGGCCUCACUGUACAAAGGCAGACUUAAAAGGAUUUGAACAUAAGGAGGAAAAUCUGAUUCUACUGCUUUUCUUCUCAGAUUUGGGUUGCUCAACCCGUCAUUAAAAGUUGACAGCUUUCCCCUAACAUCAGGGAGAAGACAGGGUGUCCACUCCAAUCACUUCUGUUCAUCAUUGUGCUGGACGUCCCAGCCGUGGCGAUCAAGCAAUAAAAGCAAGUCAAAGACACCGAGGCUGGGAAGGAAGCAGCAGCACUCCAUCUACUCACAGAUGACAUCAUCUUGAAUACACAAAAUCCUAAGAAAUCCACAAAAAUUAUAUAGCGCUAAUAAAAAAGCAACUCUUAGGCCAAGCUUGCGGUAUGAAAAAUACAGAAACCAAUUUUAUUCCUCUCCACAGCAGUGAACUCUGACAUGAAAUUCAGAAACAAUCCAUAUGGAAAAGCAUCAAAAUAAUAUCAUACUUAGGUAUGAAUUUAACAAAAGCAGUACAAGACUGGUAUACCUAAUUGUACAAAACAUCCUUGAAAGAAAUCAAAGAAGACUUAAAUGGAAAGACAUCCAUGUUUAUGGAUGGAGACAAGAUACUAAGAAGGCAUUACACUCCAAGAUGACCUAUAGAUUCUGCAAAAUUCCUAUCGAAUUACAGUGCCUCCCACUUCCUCUGUUUUUAUUUUGCAGAAAUUAACAAGCACAUGGGAAUUAAACUAAAAUGUGCAUGGGGUAUGUAAGGGAUCUGGAAUGACCAGAGUAUGUUGAAUUCUUCUUGAUUUCAAAACCUACGAAAACUACAGUCAUCAAGACAGUGUAUUUCUGGCAUAAGGAUAGAAUCAAUGAAACAGAAUUGAGAUCCCAGAAAUAAACGUGUAUAACCAUAGUUGACUGACUUUUGACAAGGGUGCCAAGGCUGCUCAAUGGGGAAACAGCAGUCUUUUCAACAAAUAGUGCUGAGAGAACUAGACACCCACAUACCCAAGAAUGAGGCCGAGCCCUUACACUGCAGACAAAACCAAAAAUGAAUCAAAGAGCUAACAGAGGGGCUAAAACCAUAGAACUCUGAAGAAAACACAUUCUUAACCAUGAAUUUGACAAUGCCUUCUUAGAUGACACAAAAAACACACAGAGACAAAAUUAGAAAAAUUGGACUUUGUCAAAAUGUAAAAGUUUGCACUCAACAGGACACUAUCAGUGAAGUGAAAAGAGCUCACAGAAUGAGCUAAAAUAUUUGGAAUCCCAUAUUGACUAAUACGUUGGUGUGAUGACAUGCAAACAACACUUAAAAUUCAACAAUCAAAUGACCCAUAGUGCAAUUAAAAAAUAGUUAAAGAGUUUGAAUAGACAUUUCCCCAAAAGAAGAUAAUCAGAUGGCUAAUAAGCACAAGAAAAAAUGCUCAUAAUUAUUAGUCAUUAGGAAAAUGCAAAUCAGAGCCACAAUGAGGGGUUGCUUCCUCGCUUGGAUGACUAUAACCAAAACCAUGGAAAUAACGAGUGUUGGCAAGCAUGUGGAGAACCUGGAACUUUCAUGCAUUACAGGUGAGAAUUUAAAAGGGUCCAGCCAGUUUGGAAAAUAAUUUGGCAGUUCUUCAAAAAGUUAAAGUUACCAGAUGACUCAACAAUUCAAGUCCUAGGUAUGUACCCAAGAGAACUGAAACCAUAUGCCCACACUAAAAACAGCAGUAUUAUUUGUGUAUUAAAAGGUGGAAAUAAUUCAUAUGUCUGUCAAUUGAAUAAACAAAAUGUAGUAUACCCUUCUGAUAGAAUAUUACUGAGCCUUAAAAGGAGUGAAUUACUGAGACAUUCUGCAAUAUGGAUUAACCUUAAAAAUACUUGACAUGAAAGAAGUCAGAUACAAAAGGAGACUCUAUGAGUUCAUUUACAUGGAAUUCCCAGAACAGACAAAACUCAUGGAGAUAGAAAUUGGUCAGUGGUUGCCGGGGAAUGGGGUAAGAGAGCAGAGCAUUUACUGCCCAUGGGUAUGGGUUUUAUUCUGGGUGAGUGAGGAAAACGCCCUGGACUCAGAUCCUGGUGAUGGUUUUGCAACUUUGUGAAUGUGCUGGACACCUCUGAAUUGUGUGCCACAGAAAGGGUGAGUUUUGUGGUGUGUUCAUUGUAUCUCAACGCAAAAUAAAUUUUAAACUUUUUUUUAAA